AGCGGGCAAUUCAAUGCUAUAACAUCAUAACAAUAUGGUUCAGUACCCAUCAGUCUACCCAUAAACAGCUUGUGAAGAAGUUCGUCUUCAGCACGCAUAUUUGCAAGAAGAUGGUAAGCCAGUCCAUCAUGAUCACCGAAACCAACGGCGGGAAGAAAAAUUCGAAAUCGCCAACCCCACCCACAUCGGAUCCACCUUCGCCGGGGAUCCCGGCCACCAAUGGGUCAGUCUACGGAAGUGCAUCGGAGUACAGCUGGAGGUUCAGCUACAGCAACUACGAUCUCUACCGAAGUGUGAUCGAGAUUGCUCUGAAUGUGUCGUUCCUGGCUGCUACCAGCAACCAGCUGCGGUUGCUGAUAAGCUUUCGAGAGUCGCAGGAUUUUAUCGUCAGCAUGACUCUGGUCACUCUGUCGCUGAUGAUGCAGCUUUUGAUUGCCAUUAUUGUGGUGACCAUUGCGGUUAACGACCAUUACCGAUGGAUUAAACUGAAGGCAUUCACCACGAUGGGAGCCAUUCUGCUGACGGUGGUUAACGUUGUCAUUCCGUUUGUAAUCAACGCCGAACAUUCACAUGUGGAUUUCUCCAGAAUAUAUCCACACUGAUGAUUGAGAAAUAUAUUAGUUAUUAUGACUAUGUUUCAUUGCUGUAUAAAGCCUAAAUACAUAGAGAUAACUCUAAGACCAGAAGGUCCCGAAGAAACGUGCUCAACUUUUGGGUCAGCUCUGGUACUCUCUUCGGUCCUAAGCUAAUCGAUGCACCCCUCGAAACAUAGGAAAAUCCACGAGCCCCUCAUUUUAUCUGUCAAACUUGCAUAGCGAAUCAAAACAAACAUAGUGUAGUACUGCAAUUUCGUCUAGAAUGGGGUACGU